AUGAAGCACCUCGCCGCUUACCUUCUUCUCGGCCUCGGCGGCAACGCCUCGCCUUCUGCCGCUGACAUCAAGGCCGUCCUCGAGUCGGUUGGUAUUGAGGCUGACAACGAGCGCCUCGAGAAGCUCCUGUCUGAGCUCCAGGGCAAGGACAUCAACCAGCUGAUUGCCGAGGGCUCCUCCAAGCUCGCCUCUGUCCCGUCUGGCGGCGCUGCCGUUGCUGCUGCCGCCGGCGGUGCUGCCGCUGGUGGCGCUGCUGCUGAGGCUCCUAAGGAGGAGGAGAAGAAGGAAGAGGAGAAGGAGGAGUCGGACGAGGAUAUGGGCUUCGGUCUCUUCGACUAA